UGACUGUCACAAUCUUCAUCAAUCAUGGAUCGUUUUUCGGGUUUGUUAACCACAAUAUUCCUAGCGAUUACGGUUUUCACUGUGUCGGGUCAGAUUAGCACUCCAUGCACGGUGUCAAUGAUCGCUAGCUUCACCCCGUGUGUGAAUUACAUCACGGGGAGUAGCGCAAACGGGGGAUCACCAACCGCAAGUUGUUGUAAAGCGGUUGAAUCCCUUAUGACUACGAGCAUGGACUGCACGUGUCUUAUCGUUACUGGAAACGUUCCGUUUUCACUACCAAGCCAAAUUAACCAAGCGUUGGCUAUUACACUCCCUAAAGCGUGCAACUCGAAAAGCGUACCGUUCCAAUGCAAAUCUACCGGUGUUCCUCUGCCUCCUGCAGGUCCUGCAUUAUUCGUUCCUCCUCCGCCGCCGCCCAAAGUUCUUCCACCUGCCGCUGAUUCUCCAGACCUGCCGCCAAGCCCUAGCGGUUCCGUGACAGCAACACCAACGCCAUCGCCAUCUGAAAAGAGCCAAGACAACUUGCAUGAGUCAGACCCACCUGAGUCCAAACCGGUGGUGCCUGAUGCAUCAACACCAACUCCAACUGCUCCCCACGGUCCACCGGUUGGUUCAGGCAUCAGACCGGUGCUUACACCAGCAGCAUCAACUUCAAACCAGUUGCAUUGUUCACCGCCAAUUGUGUUGCUAAUGCUUGCAGCGAUCACAGUGAUGAAUGAUCGUGAAGUGUAUGUUUUUUGAUGAAUUUGUGUGAUGUCAAUUAUGUCUUUUACGCCUUUCCUUUUGGUCGAUAUAGAAAUGAAAACAUACGUCUUUUGUGAAUA